AUGUCGGACAGUGAACAAGAAAUUGAUAUUUCGAAAUCCAUUGGACUUGAUAUUAAUGAUUCAAGUGAUAGCGAGGAUAGCUCUUUAGACAACGAAGAAUAUUAUCAGGAUGAAAUCAUUGAUUCAUCUGAAGAUGAAAGCGAUAACGAUUCAGGUAAUAAACCUCAUCAAAUCGAGAAAAACAAAGAGCUAGAUAGUUUUCCGAGUUUAGAGAUUUCUGAUGAAGAAUAUAUUUCUGAUGAAGAAAAUAUUGUUAAGGGAACCGAUAAAUCACUUGAUGAUGACGAUGCUUUCUUUGCUAAACUUGGAGCAGUACCUGGUGGUUCAAAAAAAAAGAGCAUAUACUCUUUUCGUGGAAUGGGGUUAUCAAAAACAAUUUGCGCUAAUGUUGCCCGUAAAGGUUACAAGAUGGCAACUCCGAUUCAAAGAAAAACAAUCCCAGUAGUAAUGGAGGGUCGGGAUGUGGUUGGUAUGGCCAGAACAGGUUCCGGAAAGACAGCAGCCUUUGUGCUCCCUAUGAUCGAAAAACUUAAAGUACACUCAGCUCGAGUUGGAGCUCGAGCUGUGAUUUUAUCUCCAAGUAGAGAAUUGGCGGAACAAACCAUGCGGGUUGUAAAAGAUUUUUCCCGAGGGACAGAUCUUCGAACUGCAUUGAUUGUUGGAGGAUAUUCUCUAGAGGAUCAAUUUUCAAGAAUAAUGUCUAACCCUGAUAUAAUCAUAGCUACACCAGGCAGAUUUUUGCAUUUGAAAGUUGAAAUGCAGCUUGAUUUACGUUCUAUUGAGUACAUUGUUUUUGAUGAAGCAGAUAGAUUGUUUGAACUCGGAUUUGCUGAACAGCUCAAUGAAAUUAUAGCAUCUUUAUCCUCUUCCCGUCAAACACUUCUUUUUUCUGCUACCCUUCCAACUUCUCUUGUUGAAUUUGCAAAAGCUGGUCUCCAAGACCCUGUCCUUGUUCGUCUAGAUGCUGAGACAAAAAUAUCCGAAGAACUAGAGAUGGCAUAUUUUACUAUUAAAGAUGGCGAGAGAGAAGCAGCAUUGGCAUAUUUAUUACAAUCAGUAAUUAAAAUGCCACUGGCAAGUGAAGAACAGCUAAAAUAUCUUGCUGAAGCCGAUGAUGACGAUGAUGAUAAUAACUAUUCUGGAAAAUUUGGAAAUGGAAAAAAUAAGAGGUUUGAGCACAAAACGAAAUUACCUCCUGCUAACGAACUUCCUUCACCAUACUCUACUAUUGUAUUCACUCCUACAAAACAUCACGUUGAAUAUAUUGCUGGAAUUUUAAAAGAUCUAGGCUACGCAGUAUCAUAUAUUUAUGGUACUCUUGAUCAAGCUGCGCGAAAGCAACAACUUUAUCGAUUUAGAGCUGGAAAAACAACAGUUUUAGUUGUGACAGACGUUGCCGCUCGUGGUAUUGAUAUCCCUGUACUUGCUAAUGUUAUCAACUAUAGUUUGCCUUCGAGUCCUAAAGUAUUUGUUCAUAGAGUUGGAAGAACAGCGCGUGCUGGCCGGCGUGGAUGGGCAUAUUCACUGAUUAGGGAAUCUGAUAUUCCUUAUCUUUUGGAUUUAGAGCUGUUUCUUGGAAGAAAAGUUCUUCUUCCAUUCCAAACGCAACCCCAAGAAAGAAUUAAUUACACUGAAAGAUUGGUUAUUGGAUCAUUUCCAAGGGAAGGUUUAGAGCAAUCGAUGGAGGAGGUUGAUAGUGUUAUUAAAAGAAACUAUGAUCUUCAGAAUAUGAGAGAUGUUGCUAAUAGGGGUGAAAAGCUUUACCUUAAAACCCGAGGAAAUGCUUCUCAAGAAAGUUCUAAACGAAGCAAAGAAAUUCUUUCUUCUGAAAAAUGGGAUGGCCGACAUCCGAUUUUUGGAAAUGAAUCAUCGGAAGUUCAACGAGAUCAAUUUUUGCAGCGUCUUGCUAAUCGAAAAGUUAAAGACACUGUUUUUGAAUUUAAAAAAACUCAAUAUGGCAGUACAGCAGAAUUAAUGGCCCGAAGACGAAAACAACUUGCUCCAAUUCAAGCACGAUCACUUGAAAAGAAGAAAAUUAUUUCAAAAGAAAAAGAAGCUGGGUUGGUUCAUUCAAUGGAUGCAGAGUUGUUCAAGGAUAAUGAUAAUGACGAAAAAUCGAAGAAGAAAGCAUCAGCUAACCAAAAACUUGCUACUGAGAAAGAUAUAUUAAAUAUUUUUACCGAAGUCAAGGACUCUCAUUCAAAAAAGGUAAAACAUAAGAAUGAUUUUAAAGAUCCCAACUUUUAUCUGUCACAUUAUGCGCCAUCAUCUGUCGCCGAAGAAAGAGCAUACAGUAUAUCUGGAAACAACGGGAAAUUUUUUGGGGAUGCUGCCCGUGCUGCCACAUUUGAUUUAGUAGAUGAAGGAAAAGAUUUUAUUCAAAAACAAGGAAUGAGAUGGGAUAAAAAACGAGGGAAAUAUAUUAAUGCCGGUAGUUCAUCAGCCGAUGGGCAAUCCAUUAAAUAUAUUAGAGGCGAAAAUGGUACAAAAAUUCCCGCUUCUUAUCGUUCGGGUCGCUUUGAUUCCUGGAAACAAGCACAUAAGACUGGAAAUUUGCGUGUUGGAUCACUUGAAUCUUCAAAUGGUCCCAAUUCAUAUAUUACGCCUGGCUCGUCUGUUGCAACAGGUGCAAAUGGGAAGCCCAUUUACAAACAUAAUAAAAUACAAGCUCCAAAACUUGCCGAUAAAGCCCGAGACGAUUAUCACCAACAAAGAAAAAGAGUCAAGGCCGCUCUUGAAAAGGGAAUUCGUGUUAAAGGAAAACAACCAAUUUUUAACGGUGAAUCAGAACUCCAAUCAGUCGAUCAAAUGCGCAAAGCUCGUGCUCUUAAAGAACAACGCCGUGAGAAAAAUGGACGUACAGCUGGGGUCUUAGACUUUGGGGAUACUUUGGUGUUUCUGGUUCUCUUGACUCUUCCUGUAGAUCUCGUAGGUAUAGUCGUGCUUUCAACUGGUGCACUCCCUUCUCUUUCACUUUGUUCUGUUCCAGUUUCUUCUUCUUCUUCGGCGUGUGCUAUCUCAGGUACAGUUGUAGCUUUAGAUUUAACUCCAGUGGUAAUGGCUACAGCUGCCGCUGCCGCUGCAGCUACGGCUGCCGCUGCGGCUCUUUGA